AUGAUGUCUACUCAUAUUAAUAACAAAGCUAGUUGUGUUAUUUUUAAAACUCCUAUUCAUCAUGAAAUUAUUAAAAGUUCAUUAAAACAUCGUCGAGAUUCUUCAUCAUCAAAUGAUGAAAAUGAACCGUCAGCUUCAACAUUUCGUCCUAUAAAAACAAAACCAAGAGGUCUCGUAGCAACAAGCAAGAAUUAUAUAUCAAAUAAACGUCAUAAACAGCAUGAUGAAUAUGAUAAUGAAGAUUGUUUUAAUAGAAAUAAAUUAAAUAAAAAAGAAAAUUCAAUUGUUGUUAAAUAUAAAUCUGAUCGACAAAUACAAUCACAAGAUCCAAAAGAUAUGGGUGCAACAGCUACAAUUGAAAUUGAUACUGAUAAAGAAAAUGAUCAACAAGCUAUAUUUGAACGUGCAAAAAAAAUAAAUGAAGAAUUAAAAGGUAAAGACGAUGAUAAAAUUUAUCGUGGUAUGAAUAAUUAUCAACAAUUUUAUGAAAAAAAAGAUACUGUCAAAGGAAACGCAAGUAGUGGUCUUGUUCGUAAUAAAGGUCCAAUACGUGCACCUGUUCAUUUUCGUGUAUCUACUCGUUGGGAUUAUCAACCUGAUAUUUGUAAAGAUUACAAAGAAACAGGUUAUUGUGGUUUUGGUGAUAGUUGCAAAUUUUUACAUGAUCGUUCAGAUUAUAAACAUGGAUGGCAACUUGAACAAGAAUGGAAUGAACGAUCUUAUGGAACUGUUGAUAAUGAAAGUGAAAAGUAUUCUACUGCUAAUGAUAUUGGUAUUAAUACACGUCGUUCAGCAGCAUGGAAAGCAUUUACAUUAGCACGAAAACAACGUUUUCGUCGUCAUCAACUUCAGUCAAAUGACGAUAAAUCGGAGGAAGAUCUUUGA